AUGAGAAGAAUUGAUGAAAUUUCCUCAAAUAUUUCAAAACAAAUUUCGUGUAAUACUACCAAUUCCAAAUAUUUUUCUCUUGCACUUGAUGAAAGCUGUGAUAUUACGGACAAUCCACAAUUAUGUAUAUUUAUUCGAAGUGUAAAUUCCAAGUUUGAAGUGACAGAAGAACUUUUAGGACUUGAAGCACUUGAAACAUCGACAAAAGGUAUAAAUAUAUUUAAUAAACUAAAAUGUUGUGUCGAAACUUUGUUAUUAAAAAAUGACGAUUUAAUUUGGUCAAAACUUGAAAGUGUAUGCACAGAUGGCGCUCCAUGUAUGAUAGGUAAAAAUAUCGGUUGUGUAACCUUAUUGGAGGAAUUUUUGAAUAGAAAGCUAAAUAAAUAUCACUGUAUUAUACACUUAGAAUCCUUAUGUGCCAAAGUCUUAAAAUUUGAUCAUGUAUUAAAACCAGUAUCUCGAUGUAUUAACAAAAUAAAAGCUCGGCCUUUAAAUCAUCGAUUAUUCAGAACUCUAUUUGAAGACGUUAUUAACGAAUCCGGUGAACUUUUAUUGUUUUGUGAAGUAAGAUGGCUUGCAAAAGGAAAAGCGCUAGAAAGAUUUUGGAAUAUAAAAAACGAAAUUAUAGAAUUUUUAGAAAAUAAUAAUGAAUUGUCUGAUGAAUGUAAGCUACUGAGAGAUAAAAAUUGGUUAAAUGACCUCGCAUUUUUAACUGAUAUUCUCGGACAUUUAAAUAUUCUCAAUAAACGACUCCAAGGUGAAGGAAAUUUAUUUCCAGUCCUUGUAGGUUUUAUAAAUUCUUUCAUGUCUCGACUUGAUUUGUUCGAAAGUAAUUUAGAAAUGGGAAAUUUGGAUCAUUUUGUACGAUUAAAAUCUAUUUAUCUACCAUCAGAUAUUCCUUUGACGAUUUUUAAAAAUCAUAUUUCAACACUAUUUGUUAGUUUUCAAGAAUGA